CCGGGAAAGAGGGAAGGGAAAGGAGGCUGAGGGGUGUUGGAGUUAUCGAAGAAUAGAAGAAGAUUCGUUGAACUGGGGCGGUGUUUGAGAUGGUGGGGGCUCGUUAACAUAAAAAGAGAGAGAGAGAGAGAGAGAAAGAGAGAGUGGGUCUAGAAUAUACAUCAAACAGAUAAUCAUCUACAGUAUUUAGAGUGGGGUUGUUGGGGAGGGACUGGAAGAAAGAAGGGUUGAGGGAAAGGGAGGAAACCAGAAAAGAUCAAAUAGUAAAUCUGUUGUACGUACUUGAGCCCAGAUCUGGUUUCUUCCUAUAUUCUCUCCCUCUCCCCUUUUUAAUUCAAGUUUAGGCGUGGGGGUCGGGUCGAGAUGCGGCAAAGGCCCAUGAGCCUCGAGCCAUACUUCUGAUCUCUCUCUCUCUCUCGCUCUCUCUCUUUCCCUCCCUCCCCUUCCGGGUGAGGUCUGUAAUGCAGUCGGUGCUCCGGGAGGGCUUGUUGCAAGAGGCGUUUGUGAACCUUCUUCUGCUGCUUGUUUCUGUUGUCUGCGGCGGUGUUUGCAGGGUGGUUGAGAGGUUGGUGGUGGUGUCAGGCUUGCAGAAGAAGUUCACAACGUCGCUAUGCCUACUCUUGUUAAGUAUAGCGGAGAUGAGAGCAUCUGCGCCAGCAGCCCUUUCCAGCCGAACUUCUUUGAUUCAGGCCUCAUGUUUUCUUCCCCUCGUGUUGAUGUCUACUGCCCGCAGCGUAAACGCGCUCGGAUCAGUGCCCCUUUCGUCCUUAGAGAGCAAGAGCAACUACCUGUGAAGAUCGUCCCUUCCAUCGACAUCCUGCCGGAUGAGUGCCUCUUUGAGAUCUUUUCGCGGGUGGCGGGCAUCCGUGACCGGAGCGCCUGCGCCUGCGUCUCCAAGCGAUGGCUCACGCUCCAGAGCAGCAUCCGCAGGUCUGAGAUCGUUUCACUGCCUCGCAACUGCAGUCCUGUAAACCCUACAAAGGAGACCCCUGCAACCAACAAGGAUGCCGGCUUUCCAAAGGAGACUCUCGAGAAAGAAUCGCCUGAAACUAUCGAGGUUGAUGGUGAUGAUGCAGAGGAGGUAAUUGGGAGCGAUGAUGGAUAUCUUUCGCGCUCCUUGGAAGGCAAGAAAGCCACUGACAUUAGACUUGCUGCCAUCUCCAUUGGUACUGCGAAUCUCGGCGGUCUAGGUAAGCUUCUGAUUCGUGGUAGCAAUGCAACUCGCGGCGUUACGGAUGUUGGUCUCACUGCCAUCGCACGAGGAUGCCCCGGGAUCAAGGUUCUCUCUAUCUGGAACGUGUCCGCCAUUACCGACAAAUCACUUUGUGAGAUCUCUGAAGGGUGCCAUCAAUUAGAGAAGCUUGAUAUUUCUCAUUGCCCAGGUAUCACAGACAAAGGGCUGCUCGCGAUUGCAGAGAGAUGCCGGAACUUGUCAUCCUUGACCUUGGAGUCUUGUCCGCUUGUUGGGAACAGUUGUCUGCAAGCUUUUGGCCGGUCUUGUGUUAACCUUCAGUCCAUCAGUAUCAAGGAUUGCCCACUUGUGGGUGAUCAAGGUGUGGCUGGUCUGGUUGCCUUGGCAGCCAACCUUGCAAAGAUCAAGCUCCAGGGAGUGAACGUUUCGGAUGUUUCGCUUGCAGUAAUCGGUCACUAUGGUAAAUCAGUGACUGAAUUGUCCUUCAGGGGGCUCCAGAAUGCGGGUGAGCGUGGGUUCUGGGCUCUUGGCAAUGCCCGCGGUUUAAGAAAGCUGAAGACUCUCACUGUGUCUUCCUGCAAAGGGAUUACAGAUGUGGGUCUUGAAGCUGUUGGAGUUGGCUGUCCUCUGUUGAAAAACCUUUCCCUCCGAAGGUGCUGUUUUCUGUCUGAUAAUGGGUUGAGAGCAUUUGCUAGAGUGGCGCAGGUGCUUGAGAAUUUGCAGUUGGAAGAAUGCAACCGGAUCACUCAGAUUGGUAUCUUGACUUCUUUUGCUCACUGCAAAGCGAAGUUGAAGACCCUCAGCCUGAUCAAGUGCAUGGGAAUCAAGGAUCAGAACGUGUGUCUGAACCCGCUGCCUUUUUGCAACUCACUGCGCACAUUGACAAUCCAAGGUUGCGCUGGUUUUGGAGACCAGGGCCUCGCCGCAGUGGGGAAGAUUUGCCCUCGCUUGCAGCAGGUGGCUUUCAGCGGACUCACUGGCAUUACUGACAUGGGUUUUUUCUCUUUCAUUGAGAGUUGUGAAGGUGAGCUGGUGAAGGUGAAUCUCAACGGGUGCGAAAACCUCACAGAUAAUGCUGUUACCCGUCUGGUGAUGCAUCAUGGUGGGAGCCUGCAGGUCCUGAACCUUGGUGGCUGCAGAAGGGUGACCGAUGUAAGCUUGAAGGCCCUUCUGAUGAACUGCCCUCUCCUGCAAGACCUGGACAUGUCGAGGUGCUCGAUCACUGAUCGUGGUAUUGUUUCCCUGCGUUCGAGCACAAAGGAGCUGCCAGAUCUUCUGAUCCUAUCGCUCUCUGGCUGCUCACAGGUAUCUGAUAUUAGCUUGCCAGUGUUGGGAAACCUGAGUGGUUCCCUAGUGGGCUUGAACCUGCAGCACUGUAACGCGAUCAGCAACACAGCAGUUGGAUGGCUUGGGGAGAGGAUGUGGAGGUGUGACAUCCUCUCUUGAUCUGGAGAAAUGGAUGAGAAACGGGAAACGUGAGGUGAUGGGAAACAAGCAUCUGGUUCAGUGACUUUUUACUGGUUCCUCUUGCAGAUUUCUCAUGCCUCCUUCACCACCUUAGUUAUUUUGGGUUUUUGCUGUUUUUGGGCUCAUUUAUUUGGUGUCUGCUUCAAUGGGCCUUUUGCGAUGGAGUGGUAUUAGUAGUAGUGGUACUAGUAGUAGACUAAGAAGAAGAAGAAGGUAGCGGAAGAAAAGGAGAAAGAGAAGCCUGGUUGUUUCCUGAGAGCACUCUGUUCCACUGUUUUUUACGGGUGCCUUCCUUUCACUGAAGAAGGGCAGCCCGUUUCACUCCUUGGCACCGACGUUGAGUUGAUGCUUUGGGCAGACGACAGAGUUUCUUGUUUAUAGAAUCACCAAGUUUUUCAUUUCUUGUUUAGAUUCACCAAAGUUUUUCAUUUCCUUGUGAAGGAUUACUCUCUUUCCUUUUUUUAACAGGGACUUUGGUUUUGCACUCAGUUGGCACCAUGAUGGCGCUGCUGGUGUUUCGGCCAUGCCUCUCAUUUUCUUGGUAGUGGUUGGUCUUUCCUGUCCGUUCUGUCUAGGGUCUGUUUUAUGCAGUCGGGUAUUUUGCUUGUUUCUCAUGGUGGCUGUGUUCCCCAUGCUGGGUCAAGUUUAGUUGGUAUCUGAUGCAGUGUGCAGCUUUUCUGGUGGCUAUAUCCCUUUUGGUUCUCUUGCCAGAGAGAGGCGUUGAUGUUGGCAGUAAUUUCUUUUCGCUCUGCCAUGACACCCAGUAAUGGUGUUUUUGUGUUUUUUUCAUCAAGGCCAAAGCUCUGGUUUUUUCCCUGGCUGUUGUAAAGGCUGUACGCUGACCAUGAUAUUAUCAAUGCAGUUGCUUUUAUUGUA